AUGGACCUUCGCAUUUUGAAGCAGCUGGCGGCUUUGGCCUUUCUGGCCGUCUUGGUGUUUCGCAUCCUGCACAAAUGGUGGUUUCGGGUCAAAUACGACUGGCACCUGGUCCCGGGGCCUCAGGGGUACCCCCUUCUCGGGAAUCUGCCUCAAACCGUCAGCUGGGACAAGCCGCGGGCGCACCUGAAGCUCACGGAGUGGGCGAAGGAGUACGGGAAGGUCAUGAAGUUGGAUGUGCCAGGGAUUGGGCGCAUUAUGUAUCUGAUGGAUCCGGAGUACAUCCAGAACCACAUCACUGGAUAUGGCGCGCAUGGCCUCCCAAAGGACCCCGUCUACCAUGGCUUUCGACUGAUCUACGGUCCACAUGGCCGUGAUAAUAUCGUCACCACAAGUGAAAUGGAUGACCGAUGGAAAGCAACAAGGAAAGGUGCCUCCAAGGCGUUCAGCACAGAAGCCUUGAAGGCAGUGUUUCCACAGGUUCUGAAGAAGGUCGACGAGGUUGCGGAGAUCAUUAAAUCCAGCGCUGCCAAGGAACCAGUAGACAUCCAGCACCUUCUGAAACGCUUCUCUGUUGACACCAUUGGACUCACAGCCUACAAAAUCGACUUCAAAGCUCUGCAAGAUGAGCAGUGCCCAGUGUUUGAAAGCCUUAUGUACUGUAGCUCUGAAAUGUUGGCUUCAAUCGCAAACCCCUUGCGUGGCAUUGUGAAGCGGUUCUUCCCUAUGAGCAAGCUCGCCCAGGAGUGCAACAGGAUGUACAGCCAGCUGCACAGCCAGUACGACUGGGUCCUGAAAGAGCUGAGGGGAAGGGGAGAGCCUGCAGCAGAUGACCUAUCAAUUGGGGCUUGCCUGAUGCGGCUGAAAGACCCAAAGUCGGGAGCACCACUGGACGAUGCUUCGCUGGGGAGCGAAGUGGCAGCUUUCAUCCAAGCAGGCUCAGACAGCACAUCGCACACGACGAUGUGGAUUCUGUUUGUCAUUGCUGCACUCCCAGAAGUGCAACAGAAAAUCGUAGCAGAGAUGAAAGACAAGAGUAUGUUUGAACGCCUGAGCGACGGCAGCAUCGGUAGAUUUACAUAUUCUGAUAUUGCCAGUUUGAGUUAUCUGACGAUGGUGACGAAGGAAGCAAUGCGGAUGUUCCCAAUUACACCUCUUGGAACUGCAAGGAUCACAACCAGAGAUGGAGAGCGGGUGUGUGGGUACAGGCUCCCCAAGGGCACAAUGAUUAGUGUUCCUUUCCAUCCUCUCUACCAUGUUCCUUGGCUGUUUGAAGAGCCUGAGCGCUUCCGCCCAGAGAGAUGGUCCAACCAGGCACCUCAGGAAAAGCUGAACGGUGAUGAAUCCUGUGAGAAAAGGGGUGGUGCCCCACGCAGCUUCUGGUCCUUCAGUGAUGGGCCGCGGGACUGUAUCGGCCAGAGAAUGGCCCUGAUGGUGUUGCACACUGUUGUGGCCGUCCUGGUGGCGAAGUUCGAAAUCAGACUUGCGGACAGGAUGGGUGGUUGGGAGGGGACUACUGCCCGCCAGUACAUCGGAAUGUCUUUGUCCAUCGAUGGCGGAAUGUGGGUGCAUUUCAAACCCAGAGGUGACGCCCAUUGA